GAUCACUCGUGCAAAACACCAUGAACCCUUCAGGGUACUUUUGACGUCCUACACCAACCUAGGUUGAUAACGGCGACUUGGGCGCGUCGAACCAAUGACAUGAAUCACACGACCGGCCAGCGUCGACGUUACAUGGGACUCAACAAGCUCGUGCGGAGUAUUGGUAUCUUUGUUUGCCUCUAGGUCACAUAUAUAACGAGCCUCACCGAGAGCUCUGCGCAAGGCGAGCGCGAUUGCUCUGCAAAUACUCAACUUCCAGACAUCGCAAGUCCAGUCGCAUCACCAGACUCCAGAGGCAACAUGCGUGCCACCGUAGCGGCAGCCGUCUCUCUGGUGCUCCCAGCAGUGUGCGCACUGCAGGGACUGCCCAUUCCCUUUGGCAAACUGGCCCAGCAAUCCUCCUCUACUGCACGCUUGCUGUCGAGGGCGGCAGCGGAUGCCACGUACCCCGAGUACAACCUCUCCGUGCCCAUUGACCAUUUCCACAACGAGUCGAUGUACGAGCCACACUCAGACGACACAUUCAACCUCCGCUACUGGUUCGAUGCGCAGUACUACAAGCCAGGUGGACCCGUCUUUGUCCUCGGCGCAGGCGAGACGAGCGGCGAGGGCCGCCUCCCCUUUCUGCAAAAGGGCAUAGUGCACCAGGUGGCCAAGGCCACAAACGGUAUCGGUGUCAUCCUCGAGCACCGCUACUACGGCAGCAGUGUCCCCACGCCCGACUUUGAGACGGAGAAUCUUCGCUUCCUGACGACGGAGCAGGCGCUGGCCGACACGGCCUAUUUUGCCAAGAACGUGCAGUUCGAGGGUCUGGAAGACGUGGAUUUCAGCCCAGACAAAGUCCCUUGGAUCGCCUACGGCGGUUCCUACGCAGGUGCCUUUGUGGCAUUCCUGCGCAUCGUCUAUCCGGACGUCUUCUUCGCGGCCAUCUCCUCGUCCGGUGUGCCGGCGGCCAUCUGGGACUACUGGGAGUACUAUGAGGCCGCGAGACUCUUUGGUCCCGGCGAAUGUGGCGAGACGCAGGGCAAGUUGAUCAACGUGGUCGACAACAUCUUGAUGAACAAGGAGAAUGCCGAGUACGUGGACACUCUCAAGCAGCUCUUUGGCAUGGGACACAUCAGCAACGAUGCUGAUUUCGCCGCGUCGGUCGCGGGAGACAUCUCCGCCCUGCAGAGCUACAACUGGGACCCUGCCAUCAGCACCGAUGCUUUCUUCCGCUACUGCGAGACCAUCUCGUCCGACGAGAACAUGUACCCCGACCUAGAGGAGAAGCGCGCCACUGUCGAGGAACUCCUGACGGCGGCAGGCUACGAGGAGCAGCUGGACCCUCUUGUCGACCGCAUGCUCAACUUUGUAGGGUACCAGCGUCCGAACACUGCUGCCGCCGCCGCCCAGUCCAAGGACGACUACGAGACUACGUCCGACUCCUUAUUCUAUGCCCAGGCAGAUCUCUCGCAGACGUGGCGUCUCUGGCCGUACCAGGUGUGCACCGAGUGGGGAUUCCUCCAGACGGGAUCGGGCGUCCCUGACGAUAUCCUCCCCAUGGUCUCGCGCCUCGUCGACCUGGAGUACUCGACCGAGAUCUGCCGCUCGGCCUUCAACAUAUCGGAGCCGGCCGACACGGACCGCAUCAACAAGUUUGGAGGCUUCGACGCUUCGUAUCCACGCCUCGCGUGGUUGGAUGGCGAGUGGGAUCCGUGGCGCGCAGCGGGUGUGCAUGCACUGUCCCAGGACAAGCGCGAGUCGACGCCGAGUGAGCCCUUGAUCUUGAUUGACGAUGCGGUGCACCACUGGGACGAGAAUGGUGUGUUCUGCAACGAGACACGUCCUGGCGUGCCGCCUCGGGCUGUCAAGGACGCGCAGAGGGCCAUCCGCUCGUUUGUCAAGGCGUGGUUGGAGGAGUGGUAGGAUGGAGCCCAGACGUGAAAUUUAGCAGUAUCCUGGAGAAAUAGGGAAGCGUGACAGCAUCCACUGUCCAUAGCCAUCAUCAAGUGUCUUGACUUGCCGGACCUCUGUGCAAAGGUCGGCUUGGUAUGACCCUUUCAUCCAGGCUGGACCCUUGGUCGGCUGUGCGUGGCCUGAGUACCCGCCUGAUCAAUUCGAACCUGGGAAAUAUGGCUGCUUCAUCCAUUGGCGUCCGCCCCUUUUUGUUUUCGUGCGUGAUAGAUGCGUUCUUUUCGACCAGUACCGCGACCGUACUCAGUGCCUGGCCACAUACCGCUAACAUGAGCGGUGUAUCGCCGUCGCAGUUCUUCC